ACGUGGCCGUCUCGGGGCUGCUGCUGUUGCUGUUGCUGCUGCGGGGGUCGGGCGGCGGCCAGGGGGUUUGGGUAGGCACAGCUGGACCCCGGGAAGGGGACGAGUCGACAGAUGUGCGUGAGGAGGUCCCUGGUCGGCCUCACCUUUUGUACCUGCUACCUGGCUUCUUACCUUACGAACAAGUAUGUGCUGUCUGUCUUGAAAUUUACCUACCCUACAUUAUUCCAAGGGUGGCAGACACUCAUUGGUGGACUUUUGCUUCAUGUGUCCUGGAAACUGGGCUGGGUAGAGAUCAACAGCAGUUCAAGAUCUCAUGUUCUGGCGUGGCUUCCUGCUUCAGUGCUGUUUGUGGGUAUGAUCUAUGCUGGGUCCAGAGCCUUGUCCAGACUGGCCAUUCCUGUGUUUCUCACUUUGUGUAAUGUAGCUGAAGUUAUCAUCUGUGGGUACCAGAAGUGUUUUCAGAAAGAGAACACAUCUCCUGCAAAGAUCUGUAGUGCCCUCUUCCUCCUGGCCGCAGCAGGAUGCCUUCCCUUCAAUGACUCCCAGUUUGAUCCAGAUGGAUAUUUUUGGGCUGUAAUUCACUUAUUCUGUGUAGGGGCUUAUAAAAUUCUGCGGAAGUCCCAGAAACCCAGUGCAUUAAGUGACAUUGACCAGCAAUACUUAAACUAUAUAUUCAGUGUGGUGCUCCUGGCAUUUGCAUCUCAUCCCACAGGUGAUCUCUUCAGUGUCCUGGACUUCCCAUUCCUGUACUUCUACAGAUUCCAUGGCAGCUGCUGUGCCAGUGGAUUUUUGGGAUUCUUUCUCGUGUUCAGUACAGUGAAGCUAAAAAGCUAUCUGGCCCCAGCGCAGUGUGCAGCCUGGAUUUUCUUUGCUAAGAUAAUCACAGCUGGCUUAUCAAUAUUGCUGUUUGAGGCGAUCCUGACCAGUGCAACCACGGGAUGCGUCCUGCUUGGUGCACUUGGAGAGGCCUUGCUGGUUUUCUCAGAGCGGAAGGGCUCCUGAACAAGACGGUCAAGAGAAGGAGACUCAUCGGCUGCUGUGGGAGAACAUCGCCCCUGGUCUCAUAGCUCCUUGUUGAAUGUGUCAGAAAGAGGAAUGCAAGGACAAUAAGACCAGGUGGGCAGUGCCAUCGCCCUCACCCACGUGAAUGUGGUGGUGGCUGAUGAGGCCGAGGCCCUGCUGCUUCAAGGAGCGCCCUUUCUGGGGGUCUGCAGGUGGCUGCAGAGGAGCGAUCUGUUACAUCUUCCCAUUUGGAAGCUGGUUCUGCAGAAACAGGAAGUACAGGAUUUCACAGGCUGGCUCUACUCACCUCGACUGAGCUUCACACCUCUGGAUGCCACAUGCUGUCUCCCAAACACUGCUUUCGGUGCAAGGUAGUGGGCCUAAGGGGUUUGGUUGUCUUUUUUUUUUUUUUCCAUUUUUAAAAUUUUAAAAUUUUUAUUUAUUAUUAUUUUUUAAAGACAGGGCCUCACUCUGUUGCCUAGGCUGAAGCACAGUGGUACGAUCACAGCUCACUACAGCCUUGACCUCCUAGACUCAAGCCAUCCUCCUGCCUCAGCAUCCAGAGUAGCUGGUGUGCACCACCACACCCGGCUCAUUUUUUCUAUUUUUAUUGUUUUAGGGAUGGGGAUCUCACUGUGUUGCCCAGGCUGGUCUGAAACUUCUGGGCUCAAGCAGUCCCCCCACCUCGGCCUCCCAAAGUAUUGAGAUUACAGACAUGAGCCACUGCACCUGGCCUUUCUCAUUUUUAUUUUUAAAUUGACAGACAAAAUAGUAUGCAUUUAUCAUGCACAACACAAUGCUUUGGGAAUGGUUAAAUCUAGCUAACAAAUGCAUUAUCUCACACAGUUAUCAUUUUUAUGGUGAGUCUUGGUUGUAUGUUUUGUUUCGUUCAUGAUUUUACAUCCUUGGAGUCUCCUCUGGGUCUGUCCGUCCUUUGCUGUCAUGCUGGCUUGCCUAAGGCCUACCCUCACCUGUGUACCAGCAUUUUAAACUCUGGAGUGAGUGAUGUUACUUUCUGUGGUUGAUGUUACUAUUCAUUUCCUGCCUCUAAACUUCUCAUGGUCCUUAUAAACUUGUCAGGAUGUGUGUUGCAUUGAAUUCUGCAUGUCCUUUUUUUGCCAACCAUUAGGUUAAGCUGGUACUGACUUGUCACCAGAGGAAACAGGGUUUAUGAGCACUGACAGAUGUCUUCCCUGGGCAAAAAAAUAAAUAGUAUAUGUAUACACACACACAUACAUAUUUAUAUUUAUAUUUCUUAAAGCUUUUAAUCCCUUUCACUCCCUGAUACCUCAGAGAUUUCACAUCAUUGAACACUGAAGUAUAUUUUUCAGGCCAGAUGAAAAAUUGUAUUAAAACCCUAUUCCUGGUCAGGCGCAGUGGCUCACGCCUAUAAUCCCAGCACUUUGGGAGGCCGAGGUAAGCAGAUCACCUGAGGUCAGGAGUUCAAGACCAACCUGGCCAACAUGGUGAAACCCUAUCUCUACUAAAAAUACAAAAACAUUAGCCUGAUGUGGUAUUGUAUGCCUGUAGUCCCAGCUACUCGGGAGGCUGAGGUAGGAGAAUUGCUUGAAGCUGGUAGGUGGAGGUUGCAGUAAGCCAAAAUUACACCACUGCACUCCAGCCUGAGCAACAGAGCGAGACUGUCUCAAAAACAACUACAACAACAACAACAACAAAAACCCUAUUCCUUGCCUUUGUAGGAGUCAAAAUAAAUGAACUUUUUUUUCUUUUUUUUAUUAUUAUACUUUCAGUUCUGGGGUACAUGUGCAGAACGUGCAGGUUUGUUACAUAGGUAUACACGUGCCAUGGUAGUUUGCUGCACCCAUCCACCCAUCAUCUACAUUAGGUAUUUCUCCUAAUGUUAUCCCUCCCCUAACCCCACACCCCGACAGGCCCCGGUGUGUGAUGUUCCCCUCCCUGUGUCCAUGUGUUCUCAUUGUUCCAACAGAAAUGAAUUUACACAAAA